CUGAACGCGGCGGCUGCCUGCGACGCGCGCGGACGCGAGUUCGCAAAAGUCGUGGUUCAGCCAGUGACGGGCAUCUGUAGUCCAGCGACCGAUGUUCGGGCCACGUUACGCGGACGAGUAGUUCGUUACCUCGUCCGGACUGACCGAGUGGUACUAGGUCGCAGUACACCGCGUGAUCCUGUGGACCUGGACCUCGCCUUGGAAGGUCCGGCCGAGAAGGUUUCACGACGGCAAGCGGUCAUCGCACGUGAUCCCGCUACUGGUCAGUUUGAGAUGACAAACGUUGGCGCCAGAACGGUGUUUGUGGACGGCAAACCGCUCGGAACGAACAGUCGGACACGGCUCGUCGACAACUCCAUCAUCCAAAUCGCCAUCAUACGCCUCGUGUUCCGUAUCGGUCAGUGA